AUGAAUACCAACAAAAACUCUUUAAUAAAUUUUCAAGAAAUCAAAGGAGAUCUAUUCGCAAAUGCUCUUCCACAUGAAUCUCUUGCACAUUGUAUCUCAAAAGACAUACGCAUGGGUGCUGGAAUUGCUCUUCAAUUUGUGAAAAAAUACGGUGGCGUCCAAGAAUUAAAAGCUCAACGAAAAAAUGUCGGCGAAGUUGCGUAUCUGAAACGAGACGAUCGAUACAUUUUCUAUCUUAUCACCAAGGAGAUUGUUUACGAUUGUCCAGAAAAAGGCGAUUUUAUUUGCUCGUUGCAUUGUCUUAGAGGUCUUUGUGAACAACUUGGCGUUAGUGUGAUUUGUAUGCCACGAAUUGGAACUGGAUUGGAUAAGUUACCUUUGGACUUUGUUCAUGCAUCAGUUAAGGAGAUUUUUAAAGGAAGUGAUAUUGUUAUUAAGAUGUAUUAUAUUUAA